CAACACAAAUAAAAAAAACGCUUGAGUUCAUACCAAAACAGCUAAGGUAAACAACAGAAACAAAAAAACGUGUUCGGCGAGAUGGGCCCAUUGUGGCCUUAGCCAGUCAUCUAAUGACAGAGCAAAGAAAAAAAAAACGUGUUCAUCCAAUCCGCCUUCUCCAAUAAUUAUUCGUUCAAUAGUCGCUAAUAAUGAGCAAUUCAGGUCAAGAUAUUAAUGGAACUUACUUUGAUAGCUAUGAAGAUUUAGAAAUUCAUCGCCUAAUGCUAACAGAUAACGCACGACUGGAUGCAUAUCGGAAUGCUAUACUAGGUAAUGAGGAUCUCUUCAAAGGUAGGACAGUUUUGGAUGUCGGAUGCGGAACCGGCAUUCUAUCCAUAUUCUGUGCCCAAGCGGGAGCUAGAAAAGUAUACGCUGUGGAAGCAUCUAACUUAGCUCGUUUGGCGCGUGAGGUAGUUGAAGAAAAUUCAUUCAAUGAAAUCAUCGAAAUAUUCGAAUGCGAAAUUGAGAAAUUUCGAUUGCCGGAUGGUGCAGACAAAGUAGACAUAAUUGUUUCAGAAUGGAUGGGGUUCUUUCUAUUGCACGAAGGGAUGCUUGAUUCCGUAAUUUUUGCCCGAGAUCAAUUUCUAAAACCUAGCGGACUCAUGUUCCCGAAUACAGCAACUAUUUUCGUUGCACCGUGCAGCGUCCCAAGUCGAUUUGAUGAUUUCGAGAGCUUGUUUGGUGUCAACAUGAAAUCAUUUGGGCGAGAGCUUAGGAAACAAAAAUCAGAUAAACCUGAAAUUUUGAACGUUUCUGCAGAACAUUUGCUACACGAAGGUCAUAUCAUGGCUUGGUUAGAUUUGAAAGAAAUUAGCGUCGAGGAUUUAGAUACGUUCGAAAUGAAAGAGGUUAUGGUUUUGCAAAAUUCUGGCAAAUUUCAAGGAUUCUGUUUAUGGUUUGAUUGUACUUUCCCCAGUGGGGACCCAAAUCAGAUAGCACAAGAAGUUAUUUUGUCAACUAGUCCAAAAAGUCCAACCACACACUGGAAGCAGAGCGUCAUUUUACUACCUGAAGAAGCCUGUGAGGAUGCAGAUGAACUAGAUCCUAUCGCUUUUAAUUUAAAUUUGAGUAGAAACGCUGAACAUAGUCGGAGAUACAAUAUUCAGUUGACACUGUUGGAUGCGGAAAAGGAAGAACACAGCUUACCUUGCGAUUGCGUGAUGACAAAGUGCAUUCUGAUGAAGGCACAUCUGCAGAAAAUGGAAGUUGAUCAUUAAUAAAUUAUCAGAUAACGUUAAACAGAG